UGCUUCAAUUCCUAGCAUUAAUUCCUUCUUGGCUUCGUAUGUCCCUAGUUGUCAUGGACAAUGCGACAGAAGCUCCUACUGGAAGCGAAGAAGAAAAAGAAGAGAGAUGCUGGUCCAAUCUCCAGGUAGAUAUCCUCUCCAUGAUCAAAUCCCAUCUUUUUGGUGCAGAUCGAAUUUGGUUCCAUGCCGUUUGCAAGGCCUGGAAUUCUGUUCCAUCUCAAGUCAGGUGGCUCCCGUCUCCAGCAAGGCAACCAUCCGAGGUCAUGCGAUUUCCAACCCUCGUGUUUUCUGGCCGCAACACGUCAGUCUGCAAGUUCUUCAAUCCCUUGCUCAACAAAACUCACAGCAUCAUCUUUCCGGAACUAGCCAAUUCACAGAUCAGGUUCUCCAAAGGUGGCUGGUUGCUUGUGACUCAAGGUAAUUCUAAGAUAUUUUUCUUCAAUCCUUUCACCAAGGAAAAAAUCAAUCUUCCCGAUCUACCUAUAGAAGAGCACAAGUUUACCGAAAUCUCCUUCUCUUCUCUCCCAACGGCUCCGGAUUGCAUCGUUCUGGCCAUUAGUAUCCUAUGCUUAAACGAUGUAAAAUUCAGCUGCAUCCGCCGUGGUGAAUCGUGUUGGAAAACUUUUGAAGAAUACAGCGACACAAAUGUGUACAUGCCAUGUUACAGUAAUCCCGUUUUCUUUGACGGGGCAUUCCACUGUUUGAGUGAAAAAAGAGGGAGUUUAAGCAUUUUCGACCCUAAUAACGACGAAGACUUUUGGAUUGAGCUUAAGGAGCUGGAAAAACCUAUUCGUAAACCGGUCGAUCAAUGUUAUUUGACAGAGUGUGAUGGAGAAUUGAUGGCCGUAUACGAAGGUCAUCUUGGAAGAACAAUUGAUGUCUUUAAGCUGGAUAAAUCGGCAAUGAUUUGGAAGAGAGUGAACAACUUAGGAAAUAUGGCAUUAUUUCUGAGUCCAAGAGCAUCAAUAUCUGCACCCCCAAUUAGAGGAGUUGCUUCAAAGAUGGAAAACAAGGUAUAUUUCCCGAGGUUCAAGGGUGAAGAGGGAGUAUUCUAUUCUCUUUCAACUGGAAAGUUUCAUAGUUUUGAUUUGGGUUACACGGCUGAGAAUUUUAUUGGUACAAAACAACAGAUGCAUUGUGCUUGGAUUGAACCUAGUUUCGAGAAGCACUCCAUUGAAGACCUUCUUUGGUGCUGAUUUUCUAUUCUGGCUUUGUAUAACCUUAUUGGGGCUGCUAUUAGAUAGUUACUAUUUUAAUAGAACUUCUUUUCCUGU